AUGCCACCCAACAUUAGAAAGGAAAGAAUGCCACCGGAGCACCUCCGAAGGAUAGUAAGGACAUCAAGAGACAUGCACCCAUCCUUUAUGGGAGCGAUGAGGUACAUGCCACAUGCGCUGCACAACCUCCUGAGAUCGAUGCCCAUGCCGUGGGAGUCCAUUAGAUAUGUGGACGUCGUGUACCAUGUCUCUGGGCUGAUCACGUUUGUUGCUGAGAAGAGAAGAGAGGAUGCAGACGAGUACAAAAGAAGAUGGAGUCGUGUGAGUGCGAGCUUCUCCUCGGAGACUCAGAAGAGGGGACUUGUGCGUAUCCUGAGAUAUCCUGUGUUCGAUGACGACGACCCGGUGGUAGAUUAUGGAAGCAUAAUCGGCUUACCUGUUCCAACUGCCGUUGAGUGUGAAGGAAGUGAGGAGUGCAGGGAUGUCUUUUUGGACGAAGACGAGAGGUAUCUGUUCAAUUGUAAAACGUUUUUAAUAAGUAGGCAUCUGGGAGUGCAGCUUGACAAUGGGCCUUAUGUUGGUAAGGGUGCCAAUGAAGAGGUUUGUGUAAUGGAGAGGAAGUUAGGGAGCGAGAGGAUAGCGUAUCCGUAUCUCUACAACAAAAGCACCGAAGUGCGGACUCUGGAGAGAGCUCAUCUGAACCUCAAGAAUUCCUUUGGAAGAAAGAAGGGGAAGGGCAGAGCGGAAAAGAGGAAGAGACAUCCGGCGGACAUCCCGUUGCUCAAGGGAUACUGCCUGCAAGAAAGGGCGGAUGGAGGGCCCAGGGUUGGGAAUCUUCUUAGGAACUACGCAAGGAACAUGCAGAAGAAGACAAGAAAAAGGCCUCCAACACACAUCCUUAAGGAGUUGAAAAACACAAGAUACUUCCAGAGGACUGAGAUUGACUGGGUUGAGGCAGGGCUCCAGCUGGUGUAUCAAGGCCACAGGAUGCUUAGUGAAGUGCUGAGGAGGAAGAAGCUUAGCUACCUUGUUCUUGACUGGAACUUCAACCUGAAGCCCAUUCGACAGCUGACCACGAAGGAAAGAAAGAAAUCGAGGGUUGGGACGUCGUACCAUCUGACGAGAGAGAUGCUCAAGUUCAUCAAGCAUCUUGUGGACAUUCAUGUUUUGUUUAGGCAAGGGCAUAUUGAUUGCUAUGAGCUGAUGGGAAACGUGGGGCACGUGCUCAACAAUGUUGGAGUUCUUACUGGGAUAUACCGGUAUAAGUACAAGUUGAUGAAGCAGAUCAAGCGGUGCAAGUCGUGGAAGAGGCUUUCUGAUUAUGCCCGGACCGAGGGAUGGGGAGAGCAGUGGAGAACAUGGUGCUUCAUGUUUAGGGGACACAUCCCGCUGCUUGGACGAUACAUCUCUGGGCUGGUCACUCGGAUCGCUGAGGGAAGGGAUUACAAUCCGAAGCCCCUGUCGAAACAGCGAAGCGAGAGUGGAUAUGAUGUUGCACUCAAGAGGCAGAUUAUGGCGGAGGCUUCAUCGAUUCUCCAUCCCACGCAGGUAAGAAGGCUUCUCCAGCACUUCGGGGAGGCGUGGAGAUGCUGGAAAGCAAAUGUGCCCUACCACAUUGUGCUUGAGCAUAUCAAGGCGCUGGAGGUCAAAAGAAGCGGCUCUGUGUCACUUGAGCAGAGAGGCCUCCGGGGCACUGCAGAGACUACCACAGUGAGUCUUGAGGCUCUUAAGGCGAUGACAGAUGUGGCUCGGCAGAGUUCCGGAAAUGCAUUUAUAUCUUCUGAGCAGAGUCUAAUUACAUUUUCGGAUGGAUUUGUGUCCAAGAUGGAGGAGAUGAGUCGGAUAGCAGGGGUCGGACAUCUGAAAGAACUUUUCGAGUUGCAAAGGAUAAUAGACAAGUAUGUUCGGCUGAAGUCUGAGUGGUAUGUUGACAGUGCUGUUGGAGUUGGAAAGAAGAGCAAAAAGGAAGAGAAGAAGCGCCUCGGGAAAAUCACGAGGCUGUAUAUGAAGGAGAGGAUGGCGGAGCAGGUGGAGUAUCUGGGUCUUCCGUUCCUCAGGCCUCCAGAAGCCGUUGCCAUCUACAGGCUUUCUGCAGAGUACUUCCGAAGCAAGGGAACUGGAAGGAUACCAUUUCCUGAAAAGAACGAGGAGAGGUUUUUGCAUAUUGCGGUGGACCGGCUCAAGAAGAGCGCGACUGCCGAGGAAUCUGAGUUUCUUGAUAAGGCGCUAGAGGAAUCUGCAGACACCAUUUUCAGGAUAAAGAAGUCGCUGCUUACACAACGAUCAUUCAAGGAGGUUGGAGUUACCCUGAAGAGACAUGGAGAUGGAGCCAUUGAGUGCUACCAUGUUUCGCAUGUAGAAAGGCUUGUGGAUGCCUUUCUCUGUGCAUAUCUGUUCUAUGAAUCUGACCGGCUCAACAUCUUCCCCGAGUUCAUCAAGCCUGGAGAUGAGAUGAACAUGCGGACCCUCAUGGAUUUCUGCGACAAGAUCUCGUCAUUCAAGGCAGCUGAGGACGAGAGGCUUGUGUUGUAUGAAGGGAAGUACGAGGGAAUCAUGAGGAUGGUGGACAACAAUCUUCUCUCGAAGCUGCUAAAGCUUGUCCUAGACCCAGCCCUGGCAGACUACAUCAUAAGCAGAAACAAUUGCAAGGUGGUCUACAAGGAUAUGGUAUAUACAAACCAUGUUGGAUUUAUCAAGGGACUUCAGCUUUCCUCGUUUGUGUACAAGUUUUACUCGUUUAUUGUCGAUCUGUGUGUGCUGGGAGAAGAUGUUUUCAUGGACGAGAAAAGCAGGAUAAAGUGGUAUUUCAGACACAUGGACGACAUUUACAUUGUGUUCCGACUUCAGAGGAAAGAGGAAGACUCUCUACUUGAGGACUAUGGGAGGGAGGCCGAGAGGAUGGAAGAGGCGAUGAAUGAAAGAAGAAGGAACUACUUUGAUGGUGCAUGGAGGGAUGCUUGUGAUGAGGAGUCGGGACCGCUUUUUAGCAAUUACGGGAGAAGAGAGGAGGGGAAGGGUGAGAUUCUAAGGAGAUGCAUCCAUGCAGAGGUUGCAACCAGGAUGCUGCCCUCUCUUGGAAGGAUCAGAUUCAGGGGAUGCAGCAUAUUUCCGUUUGUCAAGUUCUCGAUGGUCGGAGUUGACGUGCUGAUUUCCUCGAAGAAGAUCCAUGAAAGGAGCUCAUGGAGGCUUGGAAACGGAAUGCAUGCAAACCUGGCGGUGAGUGAAGGGGGGAUAGAGAUGUUUGAGAGUAACAUAUCCCACAUUGUGAGCACCAGUGGGUCUGCAACCUUCCUCAAAGUAGCAACAAGAUGGAAUACACAGAUUCUUGCAUUUGUGACAUACUACAGGGAAUGUAUCUGCGAUACCAAGGGGCUAGUGGAGAAGCUCCAGAGGGCUGAGAGACUGAUUGGAAAUGUGGUGAAGAAGGGAAUAAACUCGAAGAUGCCUGUAAGAUUUCCUCCUGUUAUGUUCUAUGCGCCCAAAGAGAUGGGAGGGCUGGGGAUGCUGAGUGUUGGUGGGAUACGGGUUUCGCAUGAGGAUUUUGAAGGCUCUGAGGACGUGAAUGAUAGGAUGAUACCUGCGGCUAUGGACUAUGUUAGCAGGUGGGACUAUGAGUUUGAGGAAUCAAACAGGGUGUGGAAGGAGUAUGGAAGAAGCGGGAAGAUGGAGCCAGACAAAGGGAUUCCACGAAUGAGCACACUCCUCCAGAGAAGCAGAUGGCUACUCUAUGACAGGGGGUUCAGGAUGAUCAGCAUGUUUAGGAUAUAUUCAGGAAAGCCCGAUUGGUUCUGGUUUACAGAUGCAAAGCAUGAUGGAAAGCUAUGGAGCAUGGAGAGAUUUACGCUGGACACGUUGGAGGCUCUUGGGGGCGUUGGAGGGAUUGCGGACCACACGCUGUUUGGAGCAACAUACUUUAGAAGCUUCAGUAAGGUGUUUUGGGAGGACAUGGUUGUCGAGAAGUACAGGAAGCUUACGAACGCACAGAAGAUGGGGCUGAGCCAGAUUCCCAAUAGAAGGUUUAUUCUGUGGUGGUCGCCGACGAUCAACAGGGGAAAUGUGUAUGUCGGGUAUCAGGUCCAGCUGGACCAAACAGGCAUACUCAUGCAUGGAAAGCUACCGACACUGAAGAUCUCGUUUAUCCAGAUUUUCCGGAAUCAGCUAUGGAGAAGAAUCCACGAGAGUGUUGUUGGGGGGCUGUGCGAUGUGUUCAGGAAGUAUUGCGAUGUCAAGAGACUGGAGGUGCACGGGAGAAAGAGUUACAGACUUAGAAGCAGCUGUGCAGAUAUUCUACUAUCUGGAGACUUCUGUGUGGACUCCCCUAUUUCUAUUCUUGAAGAGAGGGACGGGGGCUCUGUGAGGUGUAGCGAGCUCUGGAUUGAUGUCCAGUUGCGGUGGGGAGACUAUGACAAAAGGAAUCCGCACAAGUAUGCAAGGACGAGGUUUGUUGAGUGCACAGCAGAUCCACAAGCUCUGUAUCCUGUGAAGAAUGGGUUUGUGGUGGUCCUUGAUCUGUGCUACAACACGUGGAGCGGAUACGGGAACCUGAACGAAGAGUUGAAGACUGUAUUGAAGAGCUCGAUGGAAAGAAUUGUGGUAGAGGAUGCCAUGCUUCACAUACUGAGAGAGAGGCUCCGAAAGGCACUUCAGCUGUAUACCUCUGAUAUCGAGGUUGUGAGCAACAGCGGAGACCUAUUUACCUCUGGACUCCUUGUCGAUGUCAAGGCCCUACUCAGGAAGGAGAAGACCUUGUUUGUCCUCGACCCUGCAAGCGGGAACUUAUACUUCAAGAGCUAUUCUGGAGAAAGCAAAAAGAUUAGACAGACAAAGGUGUUGGCAGCCCAGGAUGUAUUCCAGCUCGGGGAGGAGCUGAACAAAAGAAGCAUUGUUGUACCUGAGAGUAUGAUAGAUGCCAUGGAGAAUUUUAUCAUAGACCACCCAUCGAUAUCUGUGAGGACGUGUUUAUCGGCUCCUCCGUUUUCGAAUGUGAUGGGGAUUAAGGAGAUUCGGGCAGAGAGGAGUGUCCGGAGCAUUAACUUGUAUGAAGGAUGGGGAGAAACAAGUAGGUUUACUAACUUCUGCAGACUUCUCCUGGUGGUGCAGGGCAUGGAUGUCGACGAGGCAAGGGUCAGAGAGCUUGGGAUCAACGCACUAUGGCCCGGCUUCAGUGACUCUGAAUGGAUCAAGAAGGAGAUCCAGCUGAAGGAUCUUAUAGUUGAUAGAUACUGCAGCAUGCAUGGGAUAGAACCUUCUGGGCUGUCUCAGAGCGAGGUAAGAGACAUAGUGUUUGGCUUCAGAGUGAGCAAAGGACAGGGAGCUACCGUGGAGACUAUAGACACGGGAAUUAGGAACAGCAAAAAGAUGUUGAGUAGACCUGCGAAUGUAUCUUUUGGAUGCAUUGAUGGAUGGAGAAGGAGAUAUGUGAAACUGGAUGGAAUGAUUAGAAGUGGAGAGCUUGAGAAGUGGAUUUCCGAGGUACGGAGGACAGGGCCUCUCGAAGGAGAGACUGCGGAGGAGAACGAGCAUAGUAUCCAACAGAUGCCAAGAAUUCCGCUGAAUCUCAUUGAGGGGUUCAUGAGAUUGGUGGAUCCUCAUGUCCUGACCUUUGGACUAGUGAUUGGGGGAGAUAUUCUCUCGUUUGGAAUGGUUCCUCAGUUUUCAUCGUUGUCUGGAAUCCACUCGUCAUUGUUUGUUCCUGGUGGCGAUAUUGUCGGAGUGGUGGUGAACGGAGACGAUCUAGAGGUUGCAGGCACCUUAUGUGAAAGGUACAAGAUAGUAGAUCCUCUGGCAGUGCUGAUAAGCGAUAGGAUUAGGGUGGUGAAGAAAAGCGGAUGUAACUGGAAUGAAGUGCAUGCAGUACUGGGCAAGGACUUGGGUGUUUUUUAUGUUCCUGAAAUGUGGAACUAUAAUUUUGCAAGGCCAUUCUAUGACGACCGGCUGGAGUAUACAUGGAAAAUAGGGAUGCCGCAUGGAUUCUAUGACGGGUUUUGCAGAGUCGGGCAUUUUUCGAGGUUCUACCAGGACCGGGCUGGCGGCGAGGAAUGGCAGGAGGAUUAA